AUGGAUGAUGCUUAUUCCCAUCAAGCCUCAACUCCUUCGGACAGACAUCACAAAUCUAAAUUGGAAACCAUGAGAAACGAGAACAUGAACUUUGUUGACUCAAACGACGUGAUAGUGGAAUACUACAAAAAUUAAUAAGCAAGUGGAUUGGAUAGAUAUUUUCUGGAAAUCGAAUAAUGGCUGGAAGAAGAUAAGACUCUUCAUACUAACACACCCUUAGUUCUCGAAGCAGAUGAUGGGAUUGGGAAGAAAACUCUUUUAGUGAAAUGGAUGGAAUAUCAUGCCAGGAAUAAGAAAGGGCGAUAUCCUGAUUUUAUCAUUCCUCAUUUUGCCACAUAAUCGGGCAAAAAUAGCAAUUAUUAUUAUGCCAUCUAUAGAAUCCUUAUUAAAUUGAGAGAAGCACUCAACAUCAAAUAGAAGGUGGAGCUGCUAGAAGAGAAGCUAAGAAGAUAUUUCCAAUAUUGGCUAGAAAUUUGUAGUAGAUAAUUAGAUUAACAAAUUAUUAACGGAGCCCAAAUCAUUUAUGACAAGGUUAUUUUAGUUUUUGAAGGGAUAGAUAAUUUCAGAGAGUUACUGGAUAUGCACCGAGAAGCCAAUGUAAAUUUUUGGUUGCCAAAGUAUUUCCCAACCAACAUCAAAGUCAUUGUAACUGCUGAACGGUAGUCAGCCUCGAUGAGAUUGUUGAAACCUGAUUGUCAAGUGAUACCCAUAGUGUCUGAUAAAACAGUCAUGAAAUAGACAGUCAAUCAUCAUUUGGGGAAACAUCUACUCAUUUAAAAUCCUUAAAAUCUGUUGGAUAUAUUCAUUCAGUUAAGUUAUAAAGUGAGAAAUCAACCAGUUUUUGUGAGAUCCUACUUUUCUGUCUUCAUUCCAUAUCCUUCAGAGGGAGUAGUCGAAGAAAAUGAAAUUGAUUAAAGAAUUGUUGAAUAAAUACUGUAACCAUUAAAGUUGGAAUAUUUCAUAUCUAUGAAGGUAAUUGAGGAUCUGUUUGCAUUUCAAUUGGAUUACUUUUCGAAAGCCAAUAUAAUGGAGGUUGCUAAAUUUAGAAAAGUCUUAUUAGAUUGA